CAAUUACUGUAUGAGUUUGAUAAUAUUUCCAUGUUAAUCUGGAUGAUUCAUGUUUAUUCUUCUGGUUACGGAUCAAGAGUUUAGGAUUCUUUUAUAUUAAUUCACAAAACUGUUAGCAUUUUGUAGAUUUGUAUACAUGCUCUUUCAUCAAUGAUUUACAUGUGGAUUUAUGUACUUUAAUGAUUUACUUCUGGCAGAACAGUUUCUAUUUGAGGUACAGACUGUCUGCAAAGAAAUGUCUGAAUCUGCAGCGAGUCAGUAUGAGGAUCAGUUCAGCUGUCCAGUCUGUUUGGAUCCUCUGAAGGAGCCGGUGACGAUUCCCUGUGGACACAGUUACUGUAUGAGCUGUAUUACUGACUGCUGGGGCCAGAAGGAGCAGGGGCCGCCGUACCGCUGUCCCCAAUGCAGAGAGAGCUUCAGUCAGAGACCUCUACUGAAGAAGAACACUCUGAUAGCUGAGAUGAUGGAGACGCUGCAGAAGACGUCUCUACAAACGGCUGCUGUGGAGUGUGAUGUUUGCACUACAGAGAAGAACAGAGCUGUAAAGUCCUGUCUGCAGUGCUUGGCCUCCUUCUGUCAAACUCACCUGCAGCUUCACUAUCAAUCUCCUGCGUUUAUGAAGCACAAACUAGUCGAAGCUUCCAGACACAUUCAGGAGAACUUUUGUCUCAGUCAUGGGAAACUACUGGAGAUUUACUGUCAGGAUGAUCGUCAGUGUAUUUGUUACUUGUGUAUGAUUGACGGUCAUAAAAACCACAAUGUGGUGCCUUUGGAUUCAGAAUGGACUAGUAAAAAGAAAGAGUUAGAGGAGAUAAAGGUGUCGUGUCAGAAGCUGAUCCAGGAGCGAGAGAGAGGAAAGCGGGAACUCCGUGAAGCUGUGAAGUCUUUUAAAAGUUCAGCGCUAGAGAGCAUGGAGGACAUUGAGAAGGUCUUCACUGAGCUCAUCUGCUCUCUGGAGAAGAAACGCUCUGAGAUUAAAGAGCAGAUCAGAGCUCAGGAGAAGACUGAGAUAGAUCGAGCAGAGGAACUUCACAAACAUCUGGAUCAAGAGCUGACAGAACUCAGAAAAAGACAAGCAGAGAUUGACAAACUUCUGGUUAAUGAUGAUCAGAUCCAGUGUCUGAAGAGCUGUCAGUCUGUGUGUGUUUUACCCACAUUUGAAGACGUUCCCAUCACUCAACACACUCAUCUGUCUUUUAAAGACAUUUCAAUCUCAGUGUUUAAGGAGGUUUUGGAGGACGCCUGUCAACAGCAAACAGCAAGAAUAUUCCGAGAAGUGUCAAAUAUCCAUGUUACAAAGCCUCCAGAACCAAAGACCCAACAAGAUUUUUUGCAGUAUUUCUGUGCACUUCACUUGGAUCCAAACACUGCAUACAGUAAACUCAAACUGUCAGAAAACAACAUGAAAAUAUCACUUUCAGAUAAAGUCCAGCAAUAUCCUGAUCACCCGGAGCGAUUUGAUGUUUUUUCCUACAUCUUGUGUCGAGAGGGUUUGUGUGGUCGUUGUUACUGGGAGGUCGAGUGCAGUGGGAACAAUUGGUCUGUAGCAGUUUGUUACAAAGGAAUUAGACGUAAAGGAAACAGUGAAGACUGUGGACUUGGCUCCAACAAAAUAUCAUGGAGAUUGGGAUAUUAUCAGCAUAAUUUCAGUUUCAUUCAUGCUAAAGCACAAGUCCGUAUCCCUGUUGCCUCUAGAAUAGGAGUGUAUCUGGAUCACAGAGCAGGAACUCUGUCCUUCUACAGCGUCUCUGACACAAUGACUCUCCUUCACAGAGUCCAGACCACUUUCACUGAACCCUUAUACCCUGCGUUUCUAACUGGACAAGGUUCGUCUGUCAGGAUCAUAGAGCAGAAAAAAGACCAAUUAUAAAACCAGAAUAUAUACCAUAAAUUACUAUAAUGAACUAUUUAUAACAUCAAUGAACUAUUCACAAAUGCAAAAAGGUCA